AUGCUAAUGAGCGCCGACGCCGCGGGCGGAGCGUGUGUGAAGAGGCGGAGAAGUGCCUCGGCGGGCGGGUGCGGAGGAGCACUCGGUCGGGUGAAGGACGCGGUGGAAGCGGAGUUGAAGAAGAGGGAAAAAUACAGCUUCGGUGUGGAGGAGGGAAGGGGAGAGGAGGCUCUCAUAAAACGUAACACAUUCGGGGCAGUUCCGUUCGUUUCUCGACCAGCUCAAGGACGCGGUGGAGAUUAUCACAUUAAGAACUCGAGUGGGCUGUUAGCAGAAGUGCCUAUGUGUGGUAAUCGUGCUUAUGUGGAGUACCCUCUAAUUAAUCGCAAAUUAAAUUGCCGCGCGCGCGACCGGGGCGGCGUGGUUCGCUCGCGCCCAGGGAAAGUGCCGCCCAGCCACCGGUAUAUAUACGAGCGGGCGCGUCGGGGUCGGCACCAGUCGGCGACUGGACCGUACACACACCCCUCGCUCGCAGACAUGAGGAGCUUGUUGCAGGUGGCGCUGCUAGCGCUGGCGCUGGCGGCGGCCGCGGCCUCCGAGGCGGAGAAGAAGGAGGCGGCGGCGGCGCCGGCCAAGGAGGAGGCCAGCGCGGAGGAGACGGCCAAAACCAAGCGCGGGCUCUUCGACCUGGGCCUGGGCUACGGCACCGGGCUGGGCCUGGGGCUGGGCGCCGGCGCGGGCCACGGCGGCCUCUCGCUCAUCAGCGGCCUCGCCUCCUACGGAGGCUACUCCGCCGCGCCCAUCUCCUACGGCGGCUACGGCGCCUACGGCGGCUACGGCCACGGCGCGCCGCUGCUGCUCUCCGCCGCGCCGGCCGUCAAGACGGUCACCCUCACGCAGAAGGUGGGCAUCCCCAUCCCCAAGCCCUACCCCGUGCACGUGCCCUACGCCGUCGAGCGACCCUACCCCGUCGCCGUGCCCAAGCCCGUCGCCGUGCCCGUCCACGUGCCCGUCGACCGUCCCUACCCUGUGCCCGUCGAGAAGCCCGUCCCGUACCCUGUAGAGAAGCCCGUGCCCUACCCCGUCAAGGUCCCCGUCGACAGGCCCUACCCCGUGCACGUGCCCGUUGAGAAGCGGGUGCCCUACCCUGUGGAAGUGAAGGUCCCUGUUCCCCAGCCCUACGCCGUCCACGUGCCCAAGCCCUACCCCGUCUACGUGGAGAAGAAGGUGGCCGUGCCUCAGCCCUACCCCGUGCACGUGAAGGUGCCCGUCCCGCAGCCCUAUGAAGUGCAGGUCAAGGUCCCCGUCGCCGUGCCCGUCGACCGCCCCUACCCCGUCCACGUCAAGGUACCCGUCGACAGACCGUACCCUGUCCACGUGCCCCAGCCCUACCCCGUGGCCGUCGAGAAGCCCGUACCCUACCCCGUGGAGAAACCCGUGCCCUACCCCGUGAAGGUGCCCGUGGACAGGCCGGUGGCCGUGCCCGUGCCCAAGCCCUACCCAGUGACCGUGGAGAGGCCCGUGCCCUACCCCGUAGAGCGCCCGGUGCCGUACCCAGUGGAGAGGCCCGUGCCCGUCGCCGUGCACGUGCCCGUCGACAGGCCCGUCGCCGUGCCCGUGCCCAAGCCCUACCCGGUGGCGGUGGAGCGCCCGUACCCAGUGGCCGUGGACAGGCCCGUGCCCGUGCCCGUGAAGGUGCCCGUGGAGAGGCCGUACCCCGUGCAUGUUGAGCGCCCGGUGCCCGUGCCCGUCAAGGUGCCCGUCGCCGUGCCCGUCAAGUCGCAGCCCGUGCUGCUGGCGUCCGGCCAGGGCGGCUACGGCGGCUACGGCGGCUACAGCAGCUACGGCGGCUACGGCCUCCACGGCUGA